UUAAACAGAUUUUUACAAUUGAUUGCCGUUGCUUACGUAUGCUUUAUCAGUUUAUGCGUUUGUAUUGUGAGCUAGCAGUAAGUAGGCCUAAUUGAUUUCAAGUCUACCAUUGAAAAACUAAAGAAGCCUUGGAAGCUGUGCGUGGUAACCGAAGAUUGCCGCGGCAGACUAUCUGGCAUCAUCACGCUGUCGCUGGCGACUCCUAGACGGCAGGAUCCACGCGGUGACAGCGAAUACUGGCGCACAUGUAGAAUCUUAUUUACAUCGAUGAUCGCCUGGAAAUCAGCGCAUGAACAACUCGACACUCACGACGAAGAGGGAACUCGGCUCUGCUGAGCCCUGGAUGACGUCAUCACCUGCUGCCCGACGCUCCUGUCGCACCUCGCUCGACGACUCGUCACGCCCAUGCGGCGGUACACGCACCCCGAGGUUGUCGUCAUGGGAGGCGGUGGAGUACAGUGAAGUGACCUAAUCACCCCGAGCAUGGCAAUACUGGUGGAAGGCUGUUGAGUACAGUGACGUGACCUAAUCACCCCGAGCAUGUCAAUACUGGUGGAAGGCUGUUGAGUACAGUGACGUGACCUAAUCACCCCGAGUAUGGCAAUACUGGUGGAAGGCUGUUGAGUACAGUGAAGUGACUUAAUCACCCCGAGCAUGUCAAUACUGGUGGAAGGCUGUUGAGUACAGUGAAGUGACCACACUGUUUCUCAUCAUGGCUGAUACGUUGGAGAGACAGUUUUCGCCGCUCCCCUCCCACAAUAAUGAACGAAUACCUGAUGUCUGUAAACUUCUAUGUUCUGGACACCAAAAGUGUUUAAAAUCUGGUAGCUCCUUUACAAGUAUAAAAUUAAAGAAGAAAAAGUGUAGAAAAAGUCACAAUUUAUUGCUCAUGAAUAGGCUAUUGAUACUAGAACCUAUGGUAAUCUGGCUUAGUGUGUUAACUCUCCUUCUAACGGCCUCACUUGCGUCUAGCGCUGAGAUCAGUUUUUUAAAAGAUUUUUACAAUGUGAGUAUAAAAGAAAAUUCCCUACCGAGAACAUAUGUUAAGGGAAAUGAACUUAUGGGAGUUUCUCUUGAAUCUCUGCCUGAAGCUGGCCGUGUGCAGUACUCGAUUGUAUCCGGGGAUCCGGAAGGUUUCUUUGCUGUGGAAGAGGAACAAGUGGGUGGAAUUUCAGUGCUUCAUAUUCGCACCAAAACUGGCUUGCGGGAUGUUCUAAACAGGGAAAGACAGUCUAGUUAUACAAUCACGACCACAGCAGAGAUCCGAUCUUCCACAAACGUUGUUUAUUCUGCCACCACGACUAUUCAUGUCGAGGUUGAGGACACCAACGACAAUAUCCCUCUUUUCUUCCCCGACUCUUAUACCGUCGAUGCUCCGGAAGACUUGCUCCUGAAUACUCGCUUGGUUCAAGUCAAAGCUCACGAUGCUGACUCGGGCAGAAAUGGUGAGGUGUAUUAUUAUCUCAGCGAUGCAAUGACCAACUUAUUUGCUGUGCAUCCCAUAACUGGCGUCGUGUCUUUGACAAGAUCCCUGCAAGGGCAUAUAACUAAAGAGUUCCACAUAAAGGUGUUAGCAAGAGACAGAGGGUCGGAUGUUGAGUUCCUCAGAGAAUCAGCAAUUGGACAGGCCGACGUAACCGUCUCGGUUGUGGCGAUGAACAACUCCCCUCCCAAGAUCGCGGUACGUCACUUGCCCAGCGUGGUCGAGCACGCACACGCGCACAUAUACGGCAUCAUCACCGUCACCGACCCUGAUGACGGACCGAGUGGAGAAAUCGAACUUGUUGAGAUUGUUGAUGGGGAUCACGACAGAGUAUUCAGCAUUGGUAGAGGAGAAAAACCUAAUGAGUAUAAUUUGAUGGUUUUACGAUUGCUCGACCGAGAAUUAGCGCCUGCAGGUUUCAAUUUAACCAUUCGGGCUACUGACAGAGGUAGACCACGCGCAAGUGCUGACAAGAGCGUUUCUGUCGUUAUAGCAGAUGUGAACGACCACGCGCCAGUAUUUAUCCCAAAAGAAUAUGACGUUUCUAUCAGCGAAGAGGCUCCUCCCAACACUCCUGUUGUUCGGCUAUUUGCCAUUGAUUCCGAUCUUGGCAAGAAUGGUGAAGUAACUUUUGAGAUCGUUUCCGGGAACCCUGACAGGAAGUUUGAGAUCAAUUCAGCCACAGGGGUGAUUUCUACGGCAGACUGGCUUGAUGCUGAAUCUAAGUCUUACUUUAGUUUAACUGUAGCCGCUAUGGACAGUGCCAGUCCCGCAGUUCGGAGACAGUCGACCACUGGGGUCAUCAUCCGAGUCUUAGAUUCAAAUGACAACGCGCCAACUUUCUUAAAUAUCGACGAUGUUGUUGAAGUGAACGAGAACGAACCUGCCGGGUCGUUCGUUAUUAGAGUUGCUGCAUCAGAUUCAGACUCGAGUGAAAACGGCUUUUUGUCUUAUUCUCUCGUCAAUGGUAACCAAGUCCCUUUUACGAUCGACCCAUUUGAUGGAAUUAUUCGGACAGCUAAAGUUCUGGAUUUUGAGACUGGGAAGAAAUCAUACACAUUGCGAGUUAAGGUAUCCGAUUGGGGUCAACCGUAUAAGCACGAGACGCAAACCAUAAUUCAAGUAACCGUCAAAGACAUUAACGACAAUCGACCUCAGUUCCUGACAUCAGAUUGCUCCGGCUGGAUAUCAGUGAACACUCACAAAGAUAGACCAAUUGUCACUCUUAAAGCAGUCGAUCUAGACGCAGAUACUAGAGUUCGGUAUCAGCUAAUAGGAAACACGAAUAGAGAUUGCUGGUUCAUUGACCCCGAUUUGGGUACCAUCACAGCCAACUGUAAUUUGAGAGCGGCAGUCCUGCUGAGAGCUCGAACAAAGACAGUCAUGUUGAAUGUCACAGCCUCGGACGGUCGUUACAUGUCAGAUCCUGUCAUGGUCACCCUAAAUGUGUAUGAUCCUCAAUACAAUGACCCAGAAAAUAUGUAUUACGCAAGAGAUGUGACUUGUAGGCCAAACGAGAUCGCGCGCGAGUACAUUGAUGUCGAAUUGUCAGCCCAUGUAACUGAAAUGUCAGGAAACGAAGAAUAUCAAGCUAUUCAGCCAUACGUGAGUGAAAAUUUUCACGCUCCUAUAAUUUCCAGCAAAACGCCCAUUUCAGUAGAAGUGCCUGAAAAUGCGCUGGUCGGAUCGGAAGUUCUCGUGAUAGCAGCCACGGACAAGGAUCGUAGUUUCGACGGCCGUCUUGUCUAUGCUAUUGCAUCAGGAAAUAUCGAUUCAGUUUUUGAGAUCAACAUGAUCACUGGAGUAGUGCGGUUAUCGGCCGCGCUAGACCGAGAGAAGCGUGCACUUUAUGUCUUGAAUAUCACAGUUUAUGAUUCAGGCCAGCCCCGACUGAGUUCCAGUAUAAACGUAACCGUCCAAAUUAUGGACAUCAACGAUAACGCUCCACAAUUUCUUAGAUUCAGUUAUCAUCUCCACCUUCCAGAAAAUAUGAAGAUAGGAACUAGUGUUGCUCAACUGCAAGCAGUUGAUGCAGAUGAAGGAAAUAACGCCCUAGUUACGUACAAACUAAUUUCCAAUACUCGGCAAUUUCGUUUGAAUUCGAAUUCUGGGAUUCUUGAACUCGUGGCGCCUUUGGACCGUGAAAAAAUUGACCAGUACGAGCUUAAGGUCCGAGCGUGGGAUGGCGGGGAAGACGAACGUCGGUAUUCUGACGUGGUCGUGCACAUAACAGUUCUGGAUAUCAACGACUGCGCUCCGGACUUUGGUGCAGCCAAGUUCAUCAGCAUCAGCGUGCCAGAAGAUUAUCCAGUUGGUGCCGUAGUUGCUAUAAUGCAAGCUACAGACUUAGAUGUCGGGCAAAGCGCUGUCGUUUCGUAUUCUUUCGUGGAAGACGAUAACGCAAACUUUCGCAUCGAUAAAGAGACUGGCGUCGUUCGUAUCACUUCGCCUUUGGACUUUGAAAAAACUAGAUUGCAUAACCUCACAAUUAAGGCCUCUGACAAAGGAUUCCCUCCACUGCACAGCUUUGCGCAGCUUAUAAUUCACGUAGAAGACGUCGAAGAGACCAUUGUCACCCACGAAUUCAAGCAGAGAAUAGCGCGAGGAUGGAUCCGAGAAAACGAGCCUCCGGGCACGCUGGCCACCACACUCGCGGUCAGCGGGGAGCGCCAUCCCAGGCUGCAGUUCGCCAUCACCGACGGCGACGGUCACGGAUACUUCGCUGUCAACAGUCGCGGGGAGCUACGCAGCACGCGUUCUCUGGACCGCGAGACGCGACGUGGCUACUGGACAGCUGUCGUCGCCUGGACCACCAGCGCUGCUGACACCUGCUGGGCGGGUAACGGGACGGGGGCGCUGAGCUUCUUCGUGCGCAGCGUGCGUGGUCGCCGCAACACCGAGGCACUGGCGGCGACUCUGGGCGAGGCGGGCUGGGGGCCUGACACGCAGGGCGACGAGCUCUUCGUCGUUAACAGGACCACGGGCGUGCUGAGCACCGCAGGGCCUCUGGACCGAGAGCUGCAGUCACAGUACGAGGUGCAGGUGAUCGUGAGUGACGGCAGCCUGUGGACGGUGACGCCCGUCUACGUUACUGUGAGCGACGUCAACGACAACGCCCCGCAGUUCCUGGAGUCGCUGUACCGCGUCACGGUCCCCGCACGGCCCGCCGGGCGACGACGCUUGCCGCUGCUCAGGGACAGUUUCUUCCUGCAGGUUCACAUGACAGGUUCUUCCCGCAGGUUCACAAGACAGGUUCUUACUGCAGGUUCACAAGGCAGGUUCUUGCCGCAGGUUUACAAGACAGGUUUACAAGGCAGGUUCUUGCUGCAGGUUUACGCAAAGGACCUGGACGCGGACGGCAACGCGGACCUGACGUACAGCCUGCGCGGCAAGGCCAAGAGCGUCUUCAAGAUCAACCCCAAGACCGGCGCCUUGCUCAACCGCGCCGCCCUCCUGCCCGGCCACACGCACGACUUCAUCGUUGAGGCUCGCGACGGUGGACGGCCGCCCCUGUGGGCGACAGCGCGUGUGCUGGUGCGCGUGGCGCCCCCGCCGUCCACGAGCUCCGGCCCUCCCAUCGUCCAGGCGCCCACGCCCGCCCACGUCAUGGAGACCGACCCCCCGGGCCACUUGGUGGCCUUCAUCUCAGCGUCCCCGCGCGAUGACGGCAACAGCCUCUGGUACUCCAUCACCGACGGCGACAGCGCCGGUCACUUCAGCGUGGGUAUAGACAACGGCCUGGUGACCGUCGCGCGACCGUUGGACCGCGAGGUCCGGCAUCACUUCAAUCUUGAGCUCUCAGUCACUGAUGGACAACACUCGACCGCCGUGCAGCUGCCGGUGUCCGUGCUGGACGCCAACGACCACGCGCCCGUGUUCAGCGCGCCGCUCUACGACGUGACGGUGCCGGAGGACGCCGCCCCCGGCACGUCCAUCGUCACGCUGCUGUGUCGGGACAAGGACCACAUGGCUCCCGUCCCCACCACCAGCCCACAGCGCAACACCUCCAGCACUGAUGGCUUCGUCUCUGACUCAGCGGGGGCCGUAACGCCGCUGUUCUUCUCGCUGGAGCACGGCGAGGCCCUCAACUCCGCUGAGCUCUUCAGCGUCGACAGCGCCUCUGGGGUUGUGUCAGUGGCCCAGCCGCUGGAUCGGGAGGUGUCAGGCAGCCACCUGCUGACCGUGAGCUGUCGGGACCGCGGCGCCCGCGCCAACGCUGACUUCGCGCGUGUCCAUAUUUCUCUGAGUGACGCCAACGACCACUGGCCGGUGUUUGCUGAGGCCAGCCUCAGUGUCCAGGUGGCGGCUGACACGAGCGUCGGGGCGCGCGUGACGCGCGUCGUCGCCGUUGACAGCGACACCGGCGACAACGGCAGACUCGCCUACACCAUCGCUGCAGGUAACGACGAGGGGACGUUCACAAUAGACGAGGCCACCGGGUUGCUGAGGGUCGCCCAGCCGCUGCAGGAGGGUCGCGCCUACGAGCUGCUGGUGAGGGCUUCGGACGGCGCCCCUGAGCCGCGGUCCGCUUCCCUGCAGGUGCUGGUGACCGCUACGCCCGCCCUCAACGAUCCUCCGGCCUGGUCCUCCGAUCUCCUGGACGGCGAAGGCGGCACCAACAGCGCCAUGAAGACCGUCCACGUGAGUGAGUGGGCGCCGCGGGGGACGGCCGUUGCCAUGGUGGCGGCGUCAUCACCAAGGGCGGCACUUCGUUAUUCCAUCACUGAUGGUGAUGAUCGCGAUAACGCUUCGUUCUUCAUCACCCCUGCGUCAGGAGUGGUGAUGCUAGCGGCACCACUUGACCGAGAAACGCAGCCUCACUACAACCUCACCAUCACCGCCACCAAUCAGCUGGGGGUGUCGCGGGACACAUGGGUCGUCAUCUCAGUGGUGGACGAGAACGACCAGCGGCCGCAAUGGCAGAGCUUGCGCUACCUCGGCGCUGUGCUCGAGAGCGCCAAGCCUGGCGAGCUUGUCUUCGACUUCGCUGAUUACAACCAAACAGCGGAGGAGAGACUAGACGCUCCCUUCACACUCUCGCGUGGGUCAGAUCAUGCAACACAACCUGCGGACCUGGGGCGGUCAGCUCGGGCUCCUAAUUAUGAUCCAUCUUCAAGUAACUUUCCUUCACAUGUGACCAACACUCGCCGCGGUCUUGAGAUUCCGCCUGCUGUUUUACCCAUCCGAAAUCUGCGCAACUUUUCGCCGCUUGUGCUGAGCGCCGCUGACUCCGAUGUGGGCGCUAACGGGCGAGUCAAGUACACGCUGGCGCAGCACAAUAAGGCCGCCCGCUUCUUCAGCGUCGAUGAAUACACAGGAGCUGUACGAGUUGCCGGUGACUUGUCGCAGCUCGCUGGUCGGCUGCUGCAGUUCAGCGUGUGGGCGUCAGACAGCGGCAGCCCCUCGCUCGAGGCCCUCACGCCUGCCAGCGUUGCUAUUGUGGUCGAGAAAGAGAACCUUUACCCACCUGAGUUUAGGACGAGUGAGCGCCGCGCUGUGGUACGGCUACCGACCGUGCCUGGUGUGCGGGUGACGUGCCUUCAGGCUACAGACCCUGACGACACCCGCGGCCACAACUCCAGCAUUACGCGUUCAGAGAUCACUAUGGGGACACGCACUGCUUUGUCAUACUCCUUGAAACGUCGCGACGAUGUUGCCAGUGAGGAGUUGUAUUAUGACGUGGACAGUGAGAACGGCUGCAUCUUUGUGAACUCCGUGAAGAUGCCUAGGGGCGACCACCACCUCACCGUGACCGUGUCAGACGGUCUCCACGACACGACCGCAGAACUGACCAUCUCCGUGCUAGAGUCUUUGCAGAACUCCUUGAGGUUCACGCAAGAACGCUACUUCGCUCACGUGUCAGAGAACUCGACGAAGACCAUUAAUUUGCUUGUGGUUGAAGUAGAAAAUGUCAGUCCCGGAGAUCACAUUCUUUAUUCCGUUCUCAACCCGAACAAAUAUUUGAAAGUAUCGCCUACUGCAGGAGUUGUCCAGACUACAGGGACGCCGUUCGACCGAGAGGAGAUGGAGCAUUUCACCCUCAUCGUUCAGGCCCGUGAGACGGGCAGCGGCCGUAGCGGCAACGGUGAAGUAACGGUCGCCGUACUGGACACGAACGACAACGCCCCUGUCUUCGUAGGGCAGCCGUACAUAGCGCUGCUGCCCACGGCUGCUGCUGCCGGACAUCCUCUCUUCCAGGUGCGGGCGGUAGACGCUGACUCUGGAGUGUUCGGAAGUGUUCGUUAUGAGCUGCCCGACACCUCAGGACACUUCGCCAUCGCCGCGGACACUGGCCACGUGUCCCUGACGCAGCCAGCGGCGCUGCUCGACGACCUCGUCACACUUGACGUGCUGGCCCUUGAUGGCGGCACCCCUCCCCUCACAGCCCGUGCCUCCAUCAGUGUCCGCGUCGUGGCGACGACAGGCCCCGUGUUCAGCGAGCCCGUGUACCACACGACCGUGCCUGAGGACGCCGCCGUGGGCGCUGCCGUGUUGCGUCUCAGCGCCGAGAGCCCCGCGCGCGCCGCCCUCGUCUACUCCGUCGUGGCGGGCGACCACGCGCGUCAUUUCACGCUCGACUACACGUCCG